AUGGUAGAGGAUAAUGAACGUGAUUAUGGCAGGAACACCAAAAAGAACGUUCUUCUUAAAAUUGUAAUUUUGGGAGAUGGUGGUGUAGGAAAAUCAUGUUUGAUGAGCAGAUUUAUCUCAAAUCAUUUCGAUGACCACAAUUUUCACACAAUUGGUGUGGAAUUUAUGAAUAAGACGACAGAAGUAAAUGGAAUACAAUACACAUUACAGAUAUGGGACACAGCGGGACAAGAACGAUUCAAAUCACUUCGAACACCAUUCUACAGAGGGACUGACAUCUGCAUAUUAGCGUAUGCAAUUGACGACAGAAGUUCAUUCAACAAUAUAAAAAUGUGGCUUAACGAAUUUCUUCAUUACGCAGGAGUUAAGAAUGGCAUAGAGAAAUUUCCGUUCAUAGUAGUUGGAAACAAGUCCGAUGUUUCAUCGAAGGACAGAGAAGUGCCGUAUGAGCAGCUGAAACAGUGGUGUGAUGAAAAUAAAAUAGCCACAUACAUAGAAACAUCUGCGAAGACCGACAGCAACGUCGUUGAAGCAUUCUCGAUGGCCGUUCAAAGAUGGGCAGACUUAGAACAGAAAGCGGAGAAGGAGCUUAGAAUGCUACAUCAUCCUGACACAGUUACGUUACACGGUGCAAGCACAGUUUCUAGCAUUCGAGCGACUUGCUGCUCUCGGUUCAGCAACGUAUGA